AUACGGUAAUUAUCUUUUGUAUAACUAACAGCGUUGAUGGAAAACGAAGGGAGUUACUGGCACCAAUAAAUGUCAUAGCUGAGACAGUCUCUCCAUUCAGCAUCCGUGUUUCAUGGAAAGAUCCGAAUGAACUUUCAGGAAAAGUAACCUACACAAUCAUCUACAAAGUUGUUCCGGAGCAAAUGGACUUGGGAGAGCUUGGAGAGAAUCAAGAAAUUCAGGUUGAAAAUGAGGAAUUUGUAUUGAUACAGGGACUCCAACCAAUGACAACGUAUGUGUUUGUUGUGAUGGUUUCAAAGCGAAAAGCCAGAAGUCCCCAUAGCAUAUCUGUAAUGAACACGACAGAUGGAAUUGACAGUUUGCUGGCAUUACCUGUGGAAGCUCCUGUUUUACUGCGUGUAGUGGGGCUUGAAAACAAUGCAGUGAGACUUGUUGCAAGAAAAGGGACUGGCGAAUUUGGCAGUGUCUACUAUACAAAAAACAAAACUUUACCGAUUGAAGAAUGGACGAAGACGGAUUACAGUGGGCCAAUCACCCUGCCUGAUCCAUCAGCCAAAUAUUACUUCCAAGUUACAGCAACAUUGUUAACAAAUGAAAGCCCGCCCUCAAACAUUGUCUCAUAUCCUGAAGAUUGUGGAUUUGUAGUUUCUGCAGUGUCUCCCCCAUCUGGUACCAUCAGGCAAUUCAUCGAGAAAUCAUUUGAUCGCUGUCGCUAUCGCUUUACAGCACCUCCAAACAAGAAGGUUACAAUAAACAUAACACGAUUAGACUUCUUACCACAAAACGCAAAUAAUUCACUGCCAACUAAAUUCUUGAUCCGUGAAUCAAUGGUGGUGCAGACUUUUGAUCAAGCGUUACCAAGGACACGAAAGAUGGCAUCCAUAUUCAGUCAAACAAACCUGGAUCUUCCAAUUAUUGUUACCUCCACACAGCAGCAGCUUAAUGUGUUCUAUACAGGACCUAAUACUGACUCUGGUAUUUUUGAAGUCCACUACCAAUUUCAGUCUCCAGAAGACGUAGUGUAUCAAAGACAUGUAGUUACCAGAAAGGAACCAGAAUUUCUGUCCAAACCAAGAAACGCCACAGCACGGGUUGGUAGUCCUACUUUCUUAGUUUGUGCUGUCUAUGGUUACCCUAAGCCGGUCAUUUCCUGGUUGAAAGAUGAUAAUAGCUCAGUAGCUGCUGUGAUAGAAGGGCGUUUACUUGAAACACAGAUGGAAGGUGUCUUUUUUGUUAGCAGCACUGUGAAAGAAGAUGCAGGUAAAUACACCUGCGUUGCCGAGAACUGGGCGGGGCGCAUCACUGCAGAUGCUCAAGUUACAGUUCUUGUCCCCCCUACCUUCAUUGAGAAACCCGAGAAUGUAGAAACGACAGAAGGAAGUGACGUUACUCUUAGAUGUCGUGCCGAUGGUGUUCCUAAACCAGAGAUCAGUUGGAAGCGACUGAGUUACGAUAUUGUUGCAAAUGAUAAGUAUAUACUGAGUGACGGAGGUGAAGUGUUGACUAUUAAUAAUGUGGAUACGGACGACUCGUCCACUUACAUCUGUGAAAUAAGAAGCCCGAUAGAUAGAACUGUAGAAACUGAUUAUGCAGCUGCUGAGAUUCAGGUCACUAGAUUGCCAGAUGAAUCACGUGUACCUCCUGAAGUCAAAUCAUUGACAGUUAUCGCACAACCAGACGCCAUCCAUGUCAUGUGGGAACCACCAGAUAGCGAACAAGGCACCGUAGUCCGUGGAUAUAAGCUUGGCUUUGGGGAGAACGUCCCUGACAAUGUUGUAGUAAUGCUAGAUAGCGACAAGCUCUCGUACACAAUUGUUGACGUCCAACCUUUGACAGAUUACGUCAUCAAGUUGAGAGCUAUCAACAAAGCAGGAGAGGGCAAACCAUUGUAUGAAAUUGUGAAUAUACCAGAUACAGACAAAGUUAGUGACAAUAUGGAACUCCUCCCCCCAUUUUUUGUUAAGGCGCAGACUACAGGUGCUACCACGAUGACGGUGUCAUUUAUGGCACCAGACGAUGUUGAUGGUAAAGUGAUGUAUACUGUUAGGUAUACACCAUCAUAUCCACAAAAAAUAAGAUUAAUAAAUACAAGUGAAACAAGUUUAGUGUUAACUGAUCUGAAGCCAUAUGCAGUGUAUGAGAUCAGUGUGAAGAGAACAACGGUGGAUGGCUCUAGUCCAUACAGUAUUGUUGCCUUUAACAAAACAUCUCAAGAUGUUCCAAGCUCACCACCAAGUGAUCCAACCCUGGUUUUAUCUGAACAUGGUUGUGAUGCCAUUACGGUGAACUGGCUCCCCCCUGCUAAACCCAAUGGAAUAAUAAACGCCUAUAUAAUUAUGUAUAGUAUCAACCCAAAUCUGGAAGAUGAAGAUUGGGUUGUGCAAGUCACUGAUGGUGGCGAUCUGACCCGCACGCUCCACGGAUUAGUUGGCAGUACAAGAUAUUAUUUCAAGAUGAAAGCAAGUACCAUCAAAGGAUGGGGCCCAGUAUCUAACGCUGUCUCAAUGCGUACCGGCCGCUGCCCAUAAAUAUAAUUAAUGAUUUUAAAAUGAUACAAAAUUUAUACCUUACAAUCUUAAUUGUACUGUUUAUUAUAAAUAUAAAUAGUGAGAAGUAUUUAAGUACAAUGUAUAUUUGCAUGUCAUCACCUAGUGAGAGUGCAUUGGUAUAAUGCCAAUCAAAUGUAUGUAAUACAUAAUAUCCCUACCUCAUUUCAUGCCUCUUCCCCAUGCAUCUCUAACCCAUCCUCACUUAAGUGCCCUGUGGCUUCCCUAAUAGAUCUUUUCAGAAUGUCAAACUCUACAAAGAAUACGUGCUUGUCUGUUAUUAUUGUCCGUUAUUAUGAUAAUUGUCGUUAUGACAGACAGCAAUGUAGCUUAUUAUACGAAAGAAUUUAAGAGAAUUUUUUAAAGUUAAAUUUAUUUUUAUGAAAUGUAAUAUCAAAGGGAUAAACACUGAAAUUCUAUUAUAUGUUUACGGUUGUUUGUAAACACUAUGUAGUAGGCCUAACAUAUUAUGAUUUAUAUUAUUAUAAUUUUUUUUAAUCAUUAUUCAUUUUAUAUACAGAGUUUACAGUUUAUAAUGUUUUUUAUGGUUCAACAGACCUUUUGACAGUGUCAGGCAAACCCAACAAUCUGACCAAUCUUAACGUGUUGUUAUUCGAGAGGCUGAGCCAAAGGUUAUACAUAUGUUCGACCAUAAUCGGUCCAUGGUUCCGCAAAUUUAUAUUCGCGAAUUACGAUUUGUGGGACCUUAGGUACCAUGUCCAAAGGCAGGCCUUAGCGGGAACGUCCAUUGUAGACUGAUACCAUCUUUGGUUUAUAGUAAUUCUGGAAGCAGUUAGAUGCUUAUAUUUCAUUAUGUUCAACGAAUUUUCUGAAUGAAAAUAAAAUGAUUCUUAAGCCAGUCACGUGCCGAAUUAUUGCCCUGUUUCAUCAGCUGGAAUUAUCUGACGUUUUUAUUCAUUUCAUUUAUUUAUUCGACCAAUACACAUUUACAAAAGGUACAGUACAACAAAAAGUUUUGAAAAAAAAAAAAAAAUAAUUAAAAAAAAUUUUGUUUAUGCUAAAAUAAUGGAAAGAAAAAUCAUUUUAACAUUAUAUACAUAAAUUGUAUUUAUAAUAACGUUAACAUUAUUCACAGUCUACCAUUUUAUAGUGCAUAGACUCUACUUUUAUAUGACAAUUUGAGGUACCGUAUAUUUAUGGUCAGAUAAACUUUUCAAAAUAGUAUACUAUAAUUUUGUAAUAGUUAUUUAGCAUUAAAGCCUGUAUUCAACCUUUCUGAA